UAAACAAAAACUUAUUUAAAAGGAAAAAAAAGCUUUAUCACAGACAUCCCAUACCGUAAGAGAAAGUGUGGGCCCGGGAUCAGCCUGGUUCUGCGUCCUCGGGCUUCCAAUGGAACACCACAAGAGAAAGUGUGGGCCCGGGAUCAGCCUGGAUCUGCGUCCUCGAGCUUCCAAUGGAACACAGCAAGAGAAAGUGUGGGCCCGGGAUCAGCCUGGAUCUGCGUCCUCGAGCUUUCAAUGGAACACCGCAAGAGAAAGUGUGGGCCCGGGAUCAGCCUGGAUCUGCGUCCUCGAGCUUCCAAUGGAACACAGCAAGAGAAAGUGUGGGCCCGGGAUCAGCCUGGAUCUGCGUCCUCGGGCUUUCAAUGGAACACCGCAAGAGAAAGUGUGGGCCCGGGAUCAGCCUGGAUCUGCGUCCUCGGGCUUUCAAUGGAACACCACAAGGGAAAGUGUGGGCCCGGGAUCAGCCUGGUCUUAAGUCCACGGGCUUCCAAUGGAACACCACAAGAGAAAGUGUGGGCCCGGGAUCAGCCUGGUCUUAAGUCCACGGGCUUCCAAUGGAACCAAGUCUCCUGGAG